AUGCUGCUAUGCAAGCAGCCGGGGGACACGGGCGUCUUUGCAACGGCAACACGGUCCAAUAUCAGAAUUUACAGUUUCUCCUCGACAUCCCAGCUGCUGCAGGAAGCAGAGGGAGCAGCAGCAGCGGAGGCAACCGCAGCGGCAGAUGGCGCCCUGCAGGCCGAGGCCAACACAGCGGGGAAUGAGUGGGAGAGUGCAGCAGCGGAGGGAGCGCUGGGCGGUGCAUCUGUGCGCACCGCUUCGGCAGGUCCCGCCGCGUCCUCCGCAGCCUUUGGGAGGAAACGAUGGGGCAGGCCGCUUGGCGCGGCAUGCGCCAUUUCGUUAUGGCAGUUGCGUGACGCCGAGACUUUUAGCGUGGCCGUCGACGGGGCACAGGGGGCUGGGCGACUGUACAUGUCGCGCCUGCAAUGCAGGCCAACUGGCGGGCGAAGUGUCCGGGGGGACGACCAAACCAAUGUGCCGCUGAGCCUCUCCUUGAGCUGCGCACAGGGGGAUGCGUUACGGUUUUUGUACUCCGGCAGAGGCGUAGGGGCUUGGAUCGGCGCGGAGAACACGUUGUCCGCGCUGUACACCACGGCGGCCGGUGAGACGUCGUACGACGUCCCCUACCUCAACCACGGGGCGGAGAUUGUCGCCUCUGGCUGGGACCCACUCAACGCCGCCGUCCUCGCGGUUGGUAGGCGCAGUGGCGUCGUGCAGCUGCUGAACCUUGAGGGCGGCAACGGGGUGAAGACGUCCAUGUUGCCCCAUUCGACAGCACCAGCAAUGGAGGCCUCGAGCAGGAGCAGUACCACUCAAACGCAGCUUGCUGCAUCAACUGCGUACACCAGUGCCCCAACGCGAGCUGCGGAGCUGCUCCCGGUCUCGGCGUUGUCCGUCAGCGUGGUUCAGGAGCGCCCGCUGAGGGGUGCCUUGACGUCGCUAGAUUGGGCGCCGCACAGUCACACAACGGUGGUGGCCGCCGAGCGCGCGGACGGCAUUGGGCACUGCGUGGAGGUGAUGGACCUGCGUUCCCCGGAUAACGGCAUUCGCUACCUUGGCAUGCCCUUUGAGACCACCAGUGCCCCCUCGUCUGCGAUGAAUGAGUCCGGCGCUGGCGCCCCCGUCUCUGCCAUUUGCUACGCAGAAUUUGUUGCCUGUGACCACGCGGGCGUUUACGUGGCGACGGUCGGCAGCCAACGCCGUCGGGAUGUCGCGCAGCUGUGGGACCUGCGCAUGACCUCCAGGCACGUCUGCCAGCAGCUGCACUCACGCGCGGGGUACACGUCGCUGAGUUGGUCUAUGCAUGCGGUCCCCACCGUUGUCACGACAACGCGGAGUGGCGGGCUGCGGGUGCACGUCUUCGGCGACCUUCGCGCGGACUCCGACGAGGAGGAGCGGGCGUCGUCGGGGCGGAGCAGCAGUCGCGCCUCCGGGCGCCUCUUUGCCGCGCCGUUUCCCGCCCCCCGCGUAAGGCGCGCCCCAAAGCCGUUUGAAGGGCGCUUCUACCUACAGCCGCGUGUGCCGGCGGCGGCGGCGGCGUGGCUGGGCGACCGCCGCUCCCACGCUGGAGGCUUGGGGGGCGCAACAAGCGACGAAAACGGGGCGGGCAAACAGGGCGAGGCAAAGGCCCGCAACAGCCCUUCCCACCACGUGGCGGCUGGCAGUCGCACCGACGUCCCUUGCCUCCUUCUGCUCAAUGCAAAGACGGGGGAACUGUAUCCGCAGGUGUUUUCUCCGGUGGGCUGCAGGACAACGAUGCUGGGGGACUUUCCACUCUGCAGCGCUGGGCCCAACCUGUUCGCUCUGGACGCGCGCGCCUCACUCGGACGCCGCCCAGAGCGGAGACCCGCAGAGCACGAGAGGACCAGCGUUAACAACAACAGCAUGGGCGAUGCGAGCGCCCACAACAACUACGACCUUGGCAGCGAGACGGAAAAGUGUGGUUCCUCUCUUUACAAUUUGGCGGAAAGCCCAACGUCAAACAGUGCGAGAACGAGCCUUCUUGCCACGACUGCCGCCACCGGUGCAUUGUUGAUUGGCCUCACUCGCGUGGACCGCUGCCUGCGCCGCCUGGAUCGCCUCCGCGCUGGUUUCUUGCCGCAGUCGAACAAAGUCUUCUUGGUUCUCCUAAAGGAACAAACUGACCGCGAGGCGUACGUGCUGUUCCGCUACGGCUGGUACAUGCAGCGGUACCUGCACCCGGGUAGGGCGACGCUGCCGGUGCCGGACGCCGUCCCUGGAAUACUGGAGUGGUUGGAGCAAGAGCAGCGUGGCCGCGCGGGCGCCGCGGCGGAGGCGGCUUCGGAGGUGAGCAACCUCAUUUUGUGUGCGAUGGGGUGGGUGACCAACCCGCAAGAGGAGCAGCUGAUGCUCACGCCUCCUGGCGGCAGCGGCGGGUCUGCGGAGAAUGCGGCGGAGCUGCCAGGCCGGCAGGUCUUUUCGUCGCAGGCGCUACCCACGGGGCCGCCGCCGCCGCAGCAGCAGCGGCAGCAGCAGCAGGCGCGUGAGAAGAGCACGGCGGUGUCCCCAAGCUCGUGCUCGCAUUUGAGCGUCGACGAGGUUGUGGAGGCGGCGGGCCCGAUUGCGUCCACGCCUCCCCAGGGGCCCGCCGCCCCUCCUUUCGCCCCACUGGACCCCGUCGACCGCGUCGGGAUGGCCUCGCUGCAGGAGGCGGUGGAGCGGCGGGUUGCCAUCCUGGUGUGCAUGUACCGCCUGGCCGAGGCCUCGGCGCUGCUGCUGAGCUACGGCCACCUCAACCCUCUCUACCCGGCCCUCGCCCUUGUGUUGCUGGCGGCGGCGAGCCACGACGAAGUUCCACCGACGCUGACGCUGGACGUCUCAGAGUGCAGUUUUUGGAUGGGGGUUUGUUUCUCCUUCUUGGGGACCUUUCGCACGCCCGCCGCCGCCGCCGCCGCCGCGGCGGCUGCCGGCGAGGAGCACAGAGGGAGCGGCUACGACGCCCGUGGGGGCGGGGGCGGGGGCCGUGACGACGGUGGCAUCGGCGACUUGUAUCGUUUUCCGCUUCCCAUGCGCCGCGAGUGCCUGGCCUUCUUGACGCGCUGGUUUCCGCAGCUCCCGUUGCCGGACCGCAUUGCCCUUGCCACUCUCCUGCUGCUGGAUCCCGCGCCCACGGCCCCUUGCGACGAGCCAUUCCACGCCCUCAGCGAGGUUCUGCGGGCGAUGCUGCAGCAGCAGUUUGACGCGGGUGCGGCGGGGGGCUGCUCGCUGCUGUUGGCGGCCGCCGUUGAGGGGCUCGGCGGCAACGGCGUUUCCCUGCAACGGUACGUGGACGAGACAUGUGACGUGCAGACCCCCGUGGCGUACGCUGCGCUCUACGGCCCCGGUAAGAGCGCCUCAUGGCGUUUCUGGAACGAUGCGUACCGCAGCCAACUCAACGCGGAGGGGCACGCCAUUCUGCGGAGCCUCCACGAUCUCAGCUGCAAAAAACUGGCGCGGCUGCGGGAGCAGCGGGGGGUCUCGUUGGCAAAACAAGACGCCGCCGCGCCGCCUCUCGGUCGGCUGGAUGGAUUUUCUUCGCCGGUCGUUAGUUUGAUGGGGGUGCCGUUCAGCGGACUGGUGGCGGGCGGCGCCGCGGCGGAGGCAAAGGCAAAACCGAAGCGAACGAAUAGGCGCAACGUGGAGCUACGCUGCAAGUGCGGGCAGAUCGUCCCAACGGCCCCGAUGGAGCCUUCGUCGUCGGCGGCGGCAGCAGCGACAGUGGGGCGUCGUCAGCAGUCAUUGUGUGGCUGUCCGAACUGCUUAACCCCGAUGUGCGCCGUCUGCGGGGAGCAAAUGUUUGCGCUCGCGAGCGGCUACGACGUUGCGACGUCGUACACCUGGUGUACUGUGUGCCUGCAUGGGGGGCACUGGUCGCACCUGCGCGAUUGGUUUGCGAAGCACAAGACGUGCCCGGCGGAGGGAUGUCCCUGCCGUUGUUACUGCCCCCCGUUGCCGCCAUGA